CUCAACAGCGCCUUGCCCCGAUCCGACGCCGCUUGAAAAAAAAAAACUCCAACCCCAAAAACUAGUCAAUAUCGUCAUUCCAAAACCGUCACCACCACUUUUUCUCACCACAGCUUCCGUCGAUUUUCGCCAAACACAGCAAGCGAAUAAUACCCACGUCUUGGUGCAAGACAACUUAACAAUUCAUUUGCAUGACUCCUCCUACGUCUUCAUAGCCACAGCGUUUCCAACAUGUCCAGAGGCGGCGGACGAGGUGGCGGCCGUGGUGGUCGCGGCGGCGGUCGCGGAGGAAGACCCGUGCUUCCCUGGGAUACUGGCGAUGAGCCAGAUGCCCGUCCCUCUGAACUCUUUCCUCCAUACCUAGUCCCCUCUCCCCGCCAACUCUCCACCUCCGAAUCCGACGCCGUCCACUUCAUGCUUCUCCUCCGACACCAAAUGCACUCCUCUCCCCUAUACACAUCGAAACGAGCCUCUGUGCAAGACCCGACAGCACCGCGCAAGACGUACGGGCAGGCGCAGAUGAAUGCAGCCUACGGCGUCAAGAACAAAGCGUCACUCGACCCUUUCACAGCAAUGCCGACAUACUCGCAAAAGUUUGUCCGCGAGGAGCGCGCCCUGCCGGACUGGUCUGGGCGCCCUAUUUGCCGCGAGUUGUUCCCUGCAGAGCUGCUCGAGACCAUUGAUUCAGCAGCAGGAGGUGCACGCAAGAAGCGAAAGCUGGAGCUGUCACGGGUAAGCGCGCUGCCGAACGCCGAAGAGGCAUUCGGUAUGCCCGCGAUCGACGGCGACCUAGAAGAUGGUAUCAACGGUACUAGCGAUGGCAAAAAUAUCCUGGAAAGGCUCGAGGCCAUGCCCGACGACGAGGGCGAUGAGGCUGGUGGCGAGCUUGACGAGGAUGAAGGCGGCGAGGAAGAGGAGGAAGAUGAAGUCUACGAUGAUGAAGAUGCUGGCGAUUACGACGCAGAAAACUACUUUGACAAUGGUGACGAUAUAGGCGAUGAUUAUGGCGAUGGCGAUGAUGGCGAGGGAACGUACUAACAUGUUCCUGGCGAUUUGUAGAUAUAUAUAUAAAUGUUGCAGCUGGUGUCACCUGCGCUCGUCAAACACACUUGGGACGAAUCCUAUGGCAGGGACCAGACAAACAUGGCUCAUAGAAACGGCGUACUACUUGUCUUUUACUUUUAAAAUUUGAACGUCUAUUUUCAUAAACAAAAACACAUUCACUCUGGAUGCAGCUGGUGAUUGAGCGUGUAAGGGUUUGCACUUUUCUUCUUGUUUUUGGAACACCAACCCGAAGACUCCUGGGAAUACAAUUACAUAGAUCAUAUAAAAAAAUGCGUCCUAUCCAUAUACCAAACUCGCUAGCCCUCUAGUUGCUCAUGCCCAUCGUGUACAAUCCGCUGUCCAGAAAUCCAGCCUGAAGCCUCGACAGUCGUUCUCUCGUGUCGGCAAUUCUGCCUGCCUGGACAACAAUGGCGUUGCCAGUUUCUCUCAGAGCAGAUAGGAUCUGCGACAGCUGGUCAUGGACACCUGCGCUGCCGUUACCGCUGCCGCCAGCGUUGCGGUCGCGGAAGCUUCUGAUCUGCUCGUACAGGCCGUUUUCAACGCCGGGCAUAUCGCGCUCGAUUUCGCCGCGGUACUCAUCCAGGCGAGUCUUGUAUUUCUCGACGUCGUCGCAGAUACGGUUGAAAUAUGUGAUGAGAUCCUGAGCAUUGGCAUAUGCAGAGGAAUCGCUUGAACCGUUGGCCUGUGUGGAGGAUGUACCAGCAAAGAGUCCGUUUUGGUGGUAAUGACUGGGAAGCUUGAGGUUGUCAGUAGCCUUGAAGGAUAGCUGAGCGUCGGUAAUGUUCUUCUUCGUAACAUCUUGUAGCGCCUUAACAGUCUGAAUAUCACGGUUCAGCGCGUCUUGGACGGUCUUGAACUUGGAUUCAACAAACUUGACAUCACGAGCAAGCUGUUCGACAUCCUUCUCAUGCUGUGGCAUGAACUGGCCAAUCUCGUCCUUCAUCUUGAUAACCCGCUGGAUACCCUUGUCGAUAAGCGCAACUUCAUCCUGGAUGGGCUUUGCAAGGUCGUCAAAUCGCGAUCGCGGUCGUAGUGUGUCGUAGUUUAUCUGAACAGCGGAAACUUGCGCUGCAGGCUGCGCAGGUGCUGCUUGUGAUUGCCCGCUUCUCUUGGUUAGUCUCUUACGAUACAUCAUAGCUUGAGUUUACUUACAAUAAUCCUCCAGUGGCAGGUUUGGCUUGACCAAAAAGACCGCCUGUGGCGGCUGGUUGUGUGGUUGCAGCGGCACCACCAAAGAGUCCGCCGCCGGUUGCUGGCUGCGCUGCUGGUGUUGCUGCCGUUGUUGAUGCUCCGAAUAAUCCUCCGGUAGCGGGCUUCGCCUGGGUAUUACCAAACAGACCGCCGGUUGCCGGCUGAGCUGCCGGUGUAGCUGUGCUCGCGCCAAAGAGGCCGCCUGUGGCUGGUUUUGCUGCUGCCGCACCAAAAAGACCACCUGUGGUAGCCGUAGCCGCCGGAGCCUGUGUUGUCGUAGUUGUCGCGGCUGCUCCGAAUAGACCACCGGUCGUUGAUGCUGGAGUGGUCGCUGAUGCCGUUGCUCCAAACAGGCCAGUCCCAGCGGGCUUCUGUUGAGCAGCACCGAACAAGCCACCUGCUGAUG